UUUUGGAAAGCAAAACUUUACCUGAAAUAACACAUAUUUUAUGUCUAAACAGUAGUGUUUGGUUUAAAACCAAAUGGAUAUGAAGAAGCAGCCCAAAAUUUCAAGGCCUUAAUAUCUGAAGAAAUUGUAUAUGUGAUAUGGUUCUGUAUAAAGAUAAUCUUAGAACAAAGGUGAUCGAUACAAAGUUAUGGAGUUUUUUAGUAUCUUUAUGACUACAGCAAUGAGCUGUAUUAAGCAACUCUGAAAAAGUGAACAGUAGUUGAAACUGACAACUCGAUUAAUAAUAUUUCAGAAUAUUUAGUAACAUGUAUCUGUGUACUCUUGCUCAUAGCUGUCUCACUGAGGGUCAGAUUCUGCUGUCCUUACUCAUGUCAAAUAAUUUAUUACAUUGCACAUAAUCUUACUGAUUCAAUGUGGAGAAUGAUGGCAAAACCUGACCAUAGUGACUAAGAGCAGCAGUUGCUUCUUUCAGUCUUUGACAGCUGCAAGAGCAACUCUGUUUUUCCAAACCGUCCAUCCCAAAUUCCAACCUGUAAGAGUAUGUACCUAUAUUUAGCUAGUGAGAUUAAGUUGCAGAGGCUUCAAGCAGGGCAAAAAGCACAUUGGUCUGCCUUUUUUACAGACAAACCUUUGGGCAGACAACAGCUAAAGCUUUCUACUCCCUCCCCUUUUCCAAGUGUUUGCGAAAUGGAUUCCCAAAGGGAACUCACUGAAGAGCUCAGACUUUACCAAUCCACCCUCCUUCAGGAUGGCCUCAAGGAACUCCUUGAAGAGAAAAAGUUUGUAGAUUGCUCUCUAAAAGCUGGUGACAGAAGCCUGCCUUGCCACAGAUUGAUUCUGUCGGCAUGUAGCCCUUAUUUUCGUGAGUAUUUCUUAUCAGAGCAAAAUGAAGAGAAAAAGAAGGAAGUAGUUCUAGAUAAUGUUGACCCCAACAUCCUGGAUAUGAUUGUCAAAUACCUUUAUUCAGCAAGUAUUGAUCUCAAUGAUUCUAAUGUGCAAGAUAUUUUUGCUUUGGCCAGCCGCUUUCAGAUCCCUUCUGUAUUCACUGUGUGCGUCUCCUACCUCCAGAAGAGGCUUGCUGUUGGUAACUGUCUGGCCAUCCUUCGGUUAGGUGUUCUGCUUGAUUGCCCAAGACUCGCCUUUUCUGCCCGUGAUUUUGUUUCAGAUCACUUUGUGCAGAUCUGCAAAGAAGAGGAUUUCUUGCAGCUUGCCCCGCAUGAACUUAUCUCAGUUAUUUCACCUGACAGUUUAAACGUAGAGAAGGAAGAGCUGGUAUUUGAAGCAGUAAUGAGAUGGGUCCGAACAGACAAGGAGAACAGAGUAAAGAGCCUGGGGGAAAUUUUUGACUGCAUACGUUUUCGUCUAAUGCCAGAAAAAUAUUUCAAAGAACAGGUUGAGAAGGAUGAUAUAAUUAAAAGCAACUCAGACCUUCAGAAAAAAGUUAAGAUUAUUAAGGAUGCUUUUGCUGGAAAACUGCCUGACUCUGGCAAAAGCACAGAAAAGUCAACCAAAGGGGAGGUGAAUGGCGAUGUAGGAGAUGAAGACUUACUGCCUGGCUACCUAAAUGACCUUCCCAGGCAUGGCAUGUUCGUCAAAGACCUGAUUCUUCUGGUUAAUGACACUGCUGCAGUAGCUUAUGAUCCUCUUGAAAAUGAAUGCUACCUAGCAGCCCUCGCAGAACAGAUUCCCAGAAAUCAUUCCAGCAUAGUCACCAAACAAAAUCAGGUCUAUAUUGUUGGAGGACUCUAUGUGGAAGAGGAGAAUAAGGAUCAGCCUUUCCAGUCAUACUUCUUCCAGCUGGAUAGCAUUGCUGGUGAGUGGGUUGCCCUUCCUCCACUGCCAUCAGCCAGGUGUCUCUUCGGCCUGGGAGAGUCAGACAACAAGAUCUAUGUAAUAGCAGGCAAGGACCUUCGCACUGAGGAGUCACUAGAUUCAGUGUUGUGCUACGACCCUGGGGCAAUGAAAUGGGGUGAGAUCAAAAAACUGCCCAUCAAAGUGUAUGGCCAUGCAACUAUCUCAAACAAUGGAUUGAUAUAUUGUCUUGGUGGAAAAACUGAUGAUAAGAAAUGCACUAAUAGAUUAUUUGUGUACAAUCCCAAGAAAGGAGACUGGAGAGACCUGGCUCCAAUGAAAGUGCCUCGCUCGAUGUUUGGAACAGCCAUCCAUAAGGGCAAGAUUGUCAUUGCAGGUGGUGUCACUGAGGAAGGCCUUACUGCAUCUGUUGAAGCUUUUGAUCUGACCACCAAUAAAUGGGAGAUAAUGCCUGAAUUUCCCCAAGAGAGAAGUUCCAUUAGUUUAGUCACUUUGAGUGGAGCUUUGUAUGCUAUUGGAGGCUUUGCAAUGAUUCAGCUUGAAUCUAAAGAAUUUGCACCUAGUGAAGUCACUGACAUAUGGAAGUAUGAUGAUGAGAAGAAAGAAUGGGUUGGCAUACUGAAAGAGAUCCGAUAUGCUACUGGAGCCUCCUGCCUGGCCACACGCUUAAACCUCUUCAAGUUAUCAAAACUGUAAAAAAAAUGCUGGAAGAUAUGAUACGGUGAAGGAGUUUUGACAGGGUCUUCUGGUUUUGUUGCAUGAAAAUGUCCCCAAAUUGUACAGUUUUAUAGCAGCAUACUAGUCAUACUGGGAACUGUUCAAUAGUUCAUUUGUCUGUCCACUUCCUAAGAUACUUUCUAGCUAACGAGCAACCACUGAAUUUUUGCCAGUGUUUAAAUUUCUAACAGGUUAUAAUUAAUGUUGAUUAGAUUAAGAUUUUGGCAAGAACUCCAUGUUCCACUCUGUGAAAUUGCAAACAACACUAGUUAGCCUUCCUUGCACUCAAUCCAAUCCAGGUAGCGGUGGCUUGUCCUCCAAACAAUGUGCAUGAAUUAAUUGUUUAAGUUAAAUACAACUAAUAGGUAGCUAAUUUUAUUCUAACUGGCUGUUUGUAAGGCCAGAUUUCCCCUUUUAGUAAUGUAUGUAAAUCCUUCACUCUUCAGUGAUAUCUUGGAAAUAUUCUCAUCACAGACCUCAAAAAAUAAUUUAGCUUGGAAUUGAAAUGAAUGUUUUAAACAAAAGUGGCUUAAUAUUAUGUGGCCUGAAAAAUGCCAGUCUCAGCCAAAGCUAUACUCGUAGAUAGAGGAGAGGGUAGAGAGAGAAGUUCAUAAGGGUAGUAGCUCUGUUUUACCUACUGUGUUUAGACUUCUGAUAACAAGGAUUUUCCACUUUUUUAAUGCUUUUAUAUUUAUUUCCAAAGCAAAUAUUUUAUGGAAGUUUUUUCUCAGAGAUCUGACGUCAAAGCAUUCAUGAAAAAGUCCUAAAAGAACUAUCUUUAGCAAAUACCUGUGACAGAGAGGACUUUUUCAUUUACUAUAGAGUUCAUGCAUUUUGAUGUUGAAACUUUUAACAAUUAAACUUUGUUUUUAAAACUAUAAAAGUAUCACUUGAUGGUGUCUUUUUUUAGUGAUUAGCUCAUCAUCACUAUCAUAUUGACAGGAUAUAGAUCUCUUAGUACAGCCUUUGCCCAAAAUAGAGCACUCAGUUUUCUUCUUCUUCAGAGCUUGCUUACCAUUUUUUUGGUCCUUCAAAGGAUUUCUCCAUUGCAUAAAGAGUGUGUCAUCAAUCUAAAGGAUUUCAUAAAUUUAAAUCUAAAUUGGAAAAAAAGGCCACCACACCUGAUUGAAUAGCAAUGCCAACUAUCAGAUGACCUCUUGCAUUACUCUCCUAUGAGACAGAAGUAAACAUAUGCAGAGGCACAGCCAUCAUAGUUCAUUUCAGUAUGUUACUGACCACUAGUACUUAAUCUGUGAGGCAUUUUCCCUCUACUACCCAAAUCUGCAGCUGUGCUUAGCACCUAUUUAUAUUGGCUCCAGUUAGAUCAGUGGUUUACACCACUCAUCUGCUCUAACACUUGCUGAUAUAAUAUAGAAAGAAUGAGUGUAAAGAAUCAAGUACAACACAUUUUACUGACUUGCUUUCUUUUUGCUUUUCUUCAAUGGCCUUUCUGGACCACUCAUAACAAGUUUUAAUCCUCUUCCCAUUGUGCAUACUCAUAACUAUAUCCAUACAUAAUUGGAAGAAAACUGAAAAGCAGGGUUCAGCUCAAACACGACCAUCCUGACUGAUAACUUCAGCCACUAUAUUUAGGAUUGUCUUCUCCAUUUUAUACAAAAUACAAUGCACACAGAGUCUUUCUAUGUGCUGUGCCUUCAAUGACAUUUCCUCAAAGCAGUCAUUACAUCUCGGAGCCCUUGUCCAUUUGAUAACCCUAAGUGUCUAGACUGCCAUCUUCUAGUUUUGUCAGUCAUCCCACAAACAUGAGGGCUGCCUCAGGAGGAAAGUACCUUACAGCUUAGAUACGUUCUGUUGGUUUUUCCUGACUUUCCAUUCCUGUUGUGACUUAUAUUCAGUUAAUAAAACAUUUUUCUUCUCCUACUGAAUAGUAAAAAAAAAAGGUGACAGCCAGAUGCAUAAUGGCCAAUUCAGAUAUGCAGUUGCUUACCUGUGCCAGCUUUCAGGUGAAGUGAUAAAAGAAUGUGUCCUGUUUCUACUAAACAAGCAAGAAAACAUAUCCUCAUUGCACAUGUGAGAAACCAGGCACAGCUGGCACUCACCCAUAGGUGAUGGCAGCUGUAGGCACAAUGUGGCUGCCUCUGGAAAUGGGAUGAUUUGCCAAGCAUGAUGCCCCUGCAGUUACUGCUCUACAGUGAACAUUCUCCUGACUAUUCCACUUCUUCCUUCCACAUCUCAGUGUCUUAUACCUCCUGCACAAACCUGGCUGGAUUUUCCAGUGUGUGAAGGUGUUCCAGAAGGCUCAGCCAUUCUUCUGCACCCACCAGAUCACAGGGUAGCACAGUCCCCUCCAGUAGCUCUGUUCUGAGAAUGGAAACUGAAUGGCUCUAAAAGCAGCCCUAUUCUUAGAAAAUCUGUAUUUCAGUUUCUUGGUUUCAGAGUACAGAUAGUGUUUGAUUCCUAACUGCUCAUUCUGUCACACAGUGGAGGACAGACAUAGUUUACAGUAAAUUGGUGACUCCACUCUCCUAGUUAAUAGUAUUUCCAAUUUUUUCUGUGGAGAGUUUUAUGUCUGGCUAAGCCUCUGUGCUAUUUAUUUAGGAAAUAAUAAUGUAAUUUGAUUGCAAAACUGCCGGAUUCAUGUGCUUGUAAU